GGAGAGAGAUUGAGAACGACCAUAAAUAAGCGUAGAUAGGAAAGGACGGCAUUAAUUCUCUGCUUAUAGCUGUAAUAGGCGUAGAAAUUCACAAUAGUCAGUGUUUCUCGUAGUUUUCAAACUCUAAAGACCCUCUUUCGAGGUGGUUCAUCACAGAUUUCCACUCUCUUUCUUUGCUUUAGUGCUUAUUUGAAUUAUAGCCUACAAACCCGGUUUGGAUUCCUAUAUUCAUAUUUUAUUGUGUUUCCCUAUUUGGGAUCAAAUUAGAACCUGGGUUUUGUCUAGUCUUCGCAAUCAUUCAAGAGAGAGAGAGAGAGAUGCUUAUUGUAGUAAUGAAAUCCAAGUGAAGAUCAAGACAGAGAGAUUUGCUACUCAUUUUGUUUUGUUUGUUAGCAUCUAAUUGGGAUUGUGAAAGAUGAUGAUGCAUUUUCCGGACCCUUCAAAACUCAAAACCAAGCAGAUUGUGUUUGAAGGCAUAUUCCCUGCUCGUGAUUCUGGCACACUGGAGCAACUCAAAGAGUUGAGCUCCAAGCGUAGAGUAAUUGAGGAGUCUAUUAACAAGAGCAGCUUCAUUACAGAUGCCAUUGCUAGGGAAAUGUCUGGGGGGUUAACUUCGCAGUGUGAACAGGACGUCCAAAGGUUGGAACAAUACUUGCCAUUACUGGAGAAUUUGGUUCACUAUGUUGACUUGAUUGGUGACAACUCCAGGAUGGUUUACUGUACUUUGGACCUUAAAAUAAGAUGGAGCAGUGCUCUUGCAUCGUCGCCUUUCUUUAAUCUUAUGGGCCCAAAGUUUUUCCAGAUUGAUAGUUUGCGCUUUGAGCUUGGCAUGGCCCUUUUCCUUUAUGGUGCACUGCUUCGAGAAUGGGCUUCAGAAGUUCUUACAGAAGAUAUGGUGCAAUCGGCCACACUUUUCAGAAAAGCUGCAGGAGUUUAUCACUACCUCGCCUAUGAGGUUCUUCCCUCUUUACAGCCUGCAUUGGCUCCAGAGCGGCCGCCUGAAGCUACAUCCAGUGUGUCUUCUGUUAUGAGCCUCAUUUGCUUGGCUGAGGCCCAGACCGUAACUAUAAGGAAAGCUGAAGAAAAAGGAAACAGUGGAGGUCUUUUGGCAAAGCUUCACUAUGGUGUGAUACAGUCACUUGAUGAAGCCACUGGUAUUUUACAUUCAUCAACAAGAGAGUUCAAAGAUAUUUCAUCGCGCUUUGUGGAUUUCAUUUUAUCUAGCAAAGCUCUACAUGAAAUAAGAAGUUACAAACACCUUGCUGAAGAUCAAAAGAAUGCUGGUCAGAUUGGUGCUGCAGUUGGGGUUCUUCGUCAUGCAUUAAAUAAUGCACAGAAGAAUAUACCGGGUGAGGAGUCAUGGCGACUGAUUAUCAGGAAGGAGAUUGACGAUUUAAAUGGAUUGCUUCAAAAGUAUGAACACGAGAACGAGUUUGUCUGGCGUGAGAAAAUCUUAAGUCAUGAUGAACUGCCUUUACCCCAAGGUGUAAAAGUAGCUACUUUUAUUCCUUACCAGCCCCAAAGAUGGGAGAGAACACUUGUUUUUAAAAUCUAAAUGUACAAAACUGUACAAUAAGCAUCUAUGUUUGGAACUAAAAUUUUUUCCUUUAUACUUGCAAGAGAUUUGCUGAGGUAUUGUUGAGUUGUAACUUGUAAGGACUACAGUUUUUUUGUUUUUUUAUGUGAGUUCAAGCAUGCAUUA